AUGGCGGACGUCAUGGAAGGAGAUGGAGAUGGGGGCACGGGCUCUGGGCCAAUCGAUGGCUGCGGCCAGGACAGCAGCACUGCCCUGGGCAUCUCUGCCGCCCCAGUCCCCCACGAGGAGGAGGAGAAAGAGGAGGAGGAAGGAGCUGGGACAGCUGCACAGUCAGGCCCUCAGCCAGGGCUCUACAGCUACAUCAGGGACGAUUUGUUCACUUCAGAGAUCUUCAAAUUGGAGCUGCAGAACGUGCCGCGCCAUGCCAGUUUCAGCGAUGUGCGACGCUUUCUGGGCCGCUUUGGCCUGCAGCCCCAUAAGACCAAGCUCUUCGGCCAACCUCCCUGCGCUUUUGUGACAUUCCGCUGCGCCGCCGAGCGGGACAAGGCCUUGCGUGUGCUGCACGGCGCCCUCUGGAAGGGCCGCCCUCUCAGCGUGCGCAUGGCCAGGCCCAAGGCUGAUCCCAUGGCCAGGAAGAGGCAGCGUGAGGAUGAGGGUGAGCCUCCAGCCACAUGUGUGGCUGAUGUAGUGACCCCUCUUUGGACGGUGCCCUACGCUGAGCAGCUUGACAGGAAGCGGCUGGAGUGUGAGCAGGUGCUGCAGAAGCUUGCCAAGGAAAUUGGGACCACCAACCGGGCCCUGCUGCCCUGGCUGCUCUCACAGAGGCACAAGCACAACAAAGCCUGCUGCCCGCUGGAGGGGGUCAGACCAUCGCCCCAGCAGACCGAGUAUCGAAACAAGUGUGAGUUCCUGGUGGGCGUCGGAGUGGACGGAGAGGACAACACUGUGGGCUGCCGGCUAGGAAAGUACAAGGGCGGGACGUGUGCUGUGGCGCCCCCCUUCGACACUGUGCACAUCCCCGAGGCCACCAAGCGGGUGGUGAAGGCCUUUCAAGAGUUCAUCCGGUCUACUCCGUACUCGGCAUACGACCCAGAGACGUACUCGGGCCACUGGAAGCAGCUGACCGUGCGCACCAGCCGCCGCGGCCAAGCCAUGGCCAUUGCCUAUUUCCAUCCUCAGAAACUGAGCCCCGAGGAGCUGGCAGGGCUGAAGGCCUCCUUAGCGCAGCACUUCACAGAGGGGCCGGGCAAGGCCAGCGGGGUGACCUGCCUCUACUUCGUGAAGGAGGGACAGCGAAAGACUCCCAGCCAAGAGGGCCUGCCCCUGGAGCACAUAGCUGGGGACCAGUACAUCCAUGAAGAUCUGCUGGGGUUGACCUUCCAGAUUUCCCCUCAUGCCUUCUUCCAGGUGAACACCCCAGCAGCUGAGGUCCUCUAUACAGUCAUCCAGGACUGGGCCCAGCUGGAUAUGGAGAGCACAGUGCUGGACGUGUGCUGUGGCACUGGCACCAUCGGCCUGGCCCUGGCCCGGAAGGUAAAGAGAGUUGUGGGGAUUGAGCUGUGCCAGGAAGCUGUGGAGGAUGCCCGGGUGAAUGCCAACAACAAUGAGUUAAGCAAUGUGGAGUUCCACUGUGGGAGGGCCGAGGACCUGGUGCCUGCCCUGGUGAGCAAACUGGCCUCCCAGCAGCUGGUUGCUAUCCUGGACCCACCCCGCGCCGGCCUGCAUUCCAAAGUGAUCCUGGCCAUCCGCAGAGCUGAGAACCUCAAGCGGCUCCUGUAUGUUUCCUGCAACCCCCGGGCGGCCAUGGGCAACUUUAUAGACCUCUGCAGAGCCCCAUCUAAUCGAGUGAAAGGGACCCCCUUCCGGCCGGUCAAAGCCGUGGCUGUGGACCUGUUCCCGCAGACCCCGCACUGCGAGAUGCUCAUCUUAUUCGAGAGGGUGGAGCACCCCAAUGGCACAGAGACCCUGGCGCCCAAGGACCCACCAGCUCAGCACUCAUCUGGGCCCCAAGAUGACACCCAGCAGGAAUCUGGCUCCAACCCUUCUUCCUAG